ACCGCCAAAAGUGACGGAACUGUCACUUUCACUACCGAUUGGUAUAUAAAUCUCACUAUGAUUCAUCCAAAAACCCCCAAACUAAUAAACCCUAAAUUGAGUUCACUUGUCUUCUUCCUCUAAUUUCAAUGGAGAAUUCUGCAAUUCCACCUUCCAUUACCUCAUCAAAACCUUCUACUGCACCACUUUCUACUCAAAAUUCACAAUACCAAUCACAACAACCGCAAACAAUUUCACGUUCUUCCCCAAUUUCAAUCCCAAACCCUAAUUUCAAUACCACAAAUUUUCCUCAACGACCAACUCAAAGUGUAAAAAACAUUAGUCGGUCUCCUUUUAAUACACAAUGGACUCAACCCACUUCCCAAUUCUCUAAUUACCCUUCUCAAUUUCACUCUUCUUCUUUUGCUGCUCUUUCUGCUGCUGCAUCCUCUUCCUCCCGUUCUUCGGCAGGUCCUGCAAUACAUGGGAUGCCGAACAUGCGACGUACUGGGGUUUCUUCUUCUGCUCCUCAUCAGACACAACCAUUUCAGGCAACAUCUGGGAAUUUUCAAAGACAUGACAUGUUGAGAGCUUCCACUGCUACUCCCUCAAGUUUGUCAACAACCAGUACAUCACAAAGCCUACUGCCUCCAUCUCACCCAUGGUUAUCUUCUGAACAGAGGCGUCCAUCUCAAUCCGCCAAGCCCCUGCUAAAUCCCCAAUCAUUGCAGCAACGAUCUUAUAUCCCUCAGAAAUCAGUCCAGCAGUUGCAAGCUGCUGCACCGCCACCACAGAAAUCUUUGCCUCUUCCACAACAACAGCAACGUUUCCCAGUAUCAAAUCAGUCCCAAGAUAAACAGCUGCGUCCAUCAUCUAGAGCGUCACAAACUUCAGCAAACCAACAUGUCAGGGUUCAGGGAUCAGCAAAUCAGGGGUCUCCACGCCCUGCAAUUGGGCAAGCAAGCAUUGCCCGUUCGGAAGCACUUGACAGUUCAAAUGCGGCUGAUAUAUCUAAAGCUUGUAGCACAGUCCUCGGCAAGAGAAACAUCAAGGAAAUCUUGAACCAGAUUGAUCCAUCGGAGAAACUACAUCCUGAAGCUGAAGAUGCUUUGAUCGAUAUUGCUGAAGAUUUUAUUGACUCAAUUACAUCAUUUGCUUGUUCGUUGGCGAAGCAUAGGAAGUCGAAUAUGCUAGAAGCAAAAGACAUACUGUUGCAUAUAGAUCGAGAUUGGAACAUGACGCUUCCUGGAUUUGGUGGAGAUGAAGUCAGGACUUGUAAAAAACCAGUUGCUAAUGACAUUCACAGUGCUCGCCUAGCUCUGACAAAUAAAUCUUUUGCCGGAGAAAAGACUGGAAUCAAAAUCUCUACUGGACCAACUACAGAAAAUGUGAAAGGGCAUUUGGUUAAAGCAACUACCGAUGUUGUGGUAUCUUGAUGAGUUUUCAACUUCAGGUGAUAUACCGGAGGUGCAUCAACGUAUAUUCUACUUUUCUAAACACGCAGUUUUUGGAGGAUUCGAGUUUUAUUGACAAGCACCAAAACUUCUAUACGAUUUUUCUCUUGUAAUUACAUGGUCUACAUUGCUACAUUUAUAGAUUAUGGUUUCGGAACUUUCGUAUUAUGGCAACUUUAUCUGUUAGCAUGGAACGGAGGAAAUGUAAAGGGAAACAAGCCUAAUUAACAAAAGCAAGCAAGAUUUUGGUUACAUUCUAGAUUAGUCAAUGGUAAAGUGAUGAUUAUUUGGUGAUGUAUCUUUGUCACGAUACUCUGGCCUCUGUCUAUAGCCUAUUCUAUUGGGUAUGAUGAUGAUUUUUUUUUGUAACUCGUGAGGAAUUGGAUUUAGCUUGGGGUGAUCAUAAACUUUUUUUUUAAAAAUUUUUAUUACUCAAAUAAUUUAAAGUACUUAAAGAGUAGUAAAUGAAUUGCUCUUUGCAUGCAAGUAACUUCUCUUUUGGUAUUUGGAUAGAGUGC